UUAGGCCACGUCGAUAUUCGUCGUUUAAGCAGAGCACAACUUAGUAAUUCUGAAUUUUCAUCAAACAUUUCGUAUAUCACGAAUCACGAGAGAACAUGUCUUUUCUCUUUGUCACCAUCAUGGGGUUGGCCUUGUCGAACUCACUGGCAUCUCACUACCGCGGAGGAACCAUUAAGUGGGCAGUAUCGCCAACCAAUCCGAACAAGGUACUACUGUCUUGGAGGGUUUCCUGGAGACGUUCAUACGCACCUGCAUCUGGAUUCCGAUGUGAGAGACCAGGUCAAGAGUUGACGGGAGAGGGUUACCUACUUUGCGAACAGUGUAGCAGCAAGAUUAUCACGGAUAUGGCAUUCAACUGUACAGAUUUCAGUGACGCAGGAGAAGCGACGAAAGAAGACUGGGCAACCGGUGUAGGCAGAUAUGAAUAUUCAUUCGAGAGUAAUAUCUUCGAUAUUACAUUUCGCUUCGAUGACCAGAUGCAAACGUACGGAGGCAGCAAUUGGAUUCAACUUCAGAACUACGGACAAGCUAACUUUUACAAGAUGGUCAGUUCUGUAGACCUCACUGUAAGACCAGACACUGGUCGUCCAAAUUCGUCACCGGCAACAACUAUGCUGCCCAUCAUACGGGUUCAAUCUGGCUGCUCCAGCAAAAUAAGGAUUCCUACCUUAGAUGCUGACGAUGACGUUGUACGCUGUCGUUGGUCGGAAUAUUCUAAAGACGAAUGCCCGCCCUACAAUUUGUAUGGAAAAUCAGUCUGCGGACCUAUUACAACCGAUACAUUAUUGGAUGAAAAUCGAUGCGAGAUAACGUUUUCGUCAGCUGGAAAAGCUCCUGGAUGGUAUGGUGUAGCGGUCAUGAUAGAAGAUUUUUCUGACAAAGAGUCAACGCUACCACUAAGCAAAAUACCUCUACAAUUUCUUAUAUAUGUGUACCCAUUGGAACUCCCUUGUCGGAAGAUACAAAUCAGUUCGCCGCUUUGUGAAGUUAUCGCUCCAAACCAACACUUUAGCGCCAGAAUCGAAGCCUUCAGUGAAUCUGAGGGUGUCAGGUCGGUAUUAUCGCUAGUACACGAAUACUAUUCGUCUUUGGAUGCUCCAACUGAACCAAGUGUUGUGUGCGAUCCCGGACAGAUGUCGGUUUAUAUUCCCAAGGUAUACGUGGAUGAUAUGCCUGCACGCAAGUUCAUGCUCCACGAUCCAUCGUGCCGUGGCCGUGAUUUUAACGAAACUCACUUUGUAGUUCAAACAAGAUAUGAUGAAUGCGGAUCCGUGUUGAAGAAGAAGGAUGGAAAAUUAGUAGUCAGAAAUACAGUUCGAGAUAAAAUUCGGCCAAUUACAGUAUCUAAUGGUGCGGCUGUAUCAAGACGAAAACAUAAAUUUGAAAUCGUGGCCACGUGCAAGUCGGAAGUCAGCUAUAACGCCGAUAUUAAAUUGAAUCCCGACUCUGUCCAAUCUCCGCCGUUCGGUGUACACGGGAUGUUCGACGUUGCAGCAUCGAUGGCUCUGUUCGCAAAUGACGCCUACGAUGACCGCUACGACAGUGGAGAGGAUGAAAUUGAUAUCAGAAUGAACCAACGGCUUUACGUCUCGGUUAUGGCUAACCAAGAGGACGUUAGCUUGAAGGUGGAGCAAUGCAAAGCGCAUGCAGUGGACAACCAAGGCAACAUGUCUGAUGGAGAGUUUAUAUUCUUGGACAAUGGGUGUCCGAAUGACGAGACAUUGCGGUUUGAGAAUUCGCCAGCUCCUAACGAAAAACGAUUUUCGUUAGAAGCAUUUACGUUCAUGUAUACCGGAAUAAAGGAUAACAUAACAAUAAGAUGCAGUGUAUCAAUCUGUGAAGGCGAAGAGGAUGAUGAAUGCGGGGACCAGUGUAGCACAGGGGAGGCGGUUGAAGACAGUACUGGGGAUAGUAUUAGAGGUCGCCGAAGCAACCCACGGCUUACUGAUGUUUACCUAACUGUAUAGAGCCAAGGCCAACGGAUAAGGAUAAGGAACGUUCAACCUAUAAGUUGCACUAAAUAAACAUACUUUGACGUAGAUAAAGUACCUAUAACAAAAAAACUAAAACCCGCAAGUAACCAGAGGGAUUUUCUUAAUAGACAAUUGUAUCUAUUUAAUUUCAUCUAACAGUUGUUAAGCCUAAUAUUUCUAAUGCACUCAUUAUUUGACAGAGAAUUUUUAAUUUCAAGUUAAUUUGCAUAUAGGCCUAUACAAAUUAGGCAAUUUCAAUGGAGAGAAGGAGAGUUCAUCUUUUUUUAGCGAGGCCUAGUUGUUAAUUAUUCUGUUGAAUGUAUUUAUUUAUGUCAUUAAAACAUGAGUUAACGCAA